UCUGUCAUGCCUGUGUUUAUGUUAUUGUUCUUGGUUAGUGGAACAGCUGUGCCGAAGAGACGCCGUUGUGCAUCUUUAAAAUCGUUACAUCGUUUUCUGACACCGUUUUCUGCCUCCCUUUAAUCUAAUAGGGACGGCUCAAUUGGAGACCAAAAAGGCCGGAAUAAGGUGUUCGCCAGUCUACCUGUGUUACUGUGUUGCCAUGGAGAAGGUUUGGAGGGUGGAGUUUAGGAACGUGGGUAGUAGCUACUUCCCUCAGAGCCGCGUGGAGUGCCAUUACAGCAUCAGCUCACAACAUACCUGGGCCAGCCAUGACUGGGUCGGACUCUUCAAGGUGGGAUGGUCGUCAGUGAAGGACUACCACACCUUUGUCUGGGCCCUGGCCCCGGCAGGCUACCAGGAGGGCACAGAUGUCAACUGCUGUGUCCAUUUCCAGGCUUCCUACCUGCCCAAGCCCAGUUCCCAACAGUACCAGUUUGUGUAUGUGGAUGGGAAGGGGGAGGUGUGCUCUGCCAGCCCCCAGUUUACCUUCAGUGACCCCAAGCCACUGGAAGACCUGGUCACCCUGGAGGAAGGAGCCCACGGAGAGGAGGGAGGGACUGACAUGCUGCUGGUCGUACCCAGGGCUGAGCUACUGCAGAGUCGCCUGCAAGAGUGUCUGCGUGAGCGGGCCGAACUGCUCCAUGCGCGGGAGGCGGCAGAAAGGAUGAAGCAGAGAGAGAAGGAGAUGUACGGGAGGGCGAGAGAGGCUUGGGACAGAGGACGUGAGGAGCUGGAGAGGAACAUCUCUGAGCUGAAGGAAGAGCUGCGAGAGAGCAGAGACAGGAUGGAAGAGAUGGAGAGGAGGAAGGAGGAGGUGGAGGCGUCGGGGGAGGCCUUAACUCAGGAGAAGAGUUCCAUACUGGCCAAGAAAGCAGCCAGCGAACAGCGAAUCAGAGAGCUGGAAGAUGACAUUAAAGCUCUGACACUAAAGGCUGUGGAACGAGAGACUGAGCUGGAGAGGAUGAAGGAGAGGGCCAAGAAGCAAGCAGUUCAAAUGAUGGAGGAGGAGAAAGAGAGGAAAGUUCUGCAGCUCAAGCUGGAGCAGACCGAGGGGGAACUGCGGAGUCUGUCUGCUGAGUUCCAGGGUCUGAGGAGCUCCCUGGCCCAGAGAGACACACAUGCCCUGCAGCUACGGGACACCAUCACCACCCUCACACACAGACUCAACAUGGCACAGAGGAAAGAGGCGGAGAGCAAGGCCGCCCUGGCUGAGAUGUGGGGCCUGCGGGAGCGUCAGGGGGCCAGCGAGCGUUGUGCUGAGGGCCUGAAGGAAGAGCUGUGUGCCCUGGUGGCUCAGAGGGACCAGGGUCAGACAGAGCUGCACCAGGCCAGGCUCCAGGCAGCACAGCUCACCCUGCAGCUAGCUGACUCCAGCCUGACCCUGAGGGAGGGCAGAGCACACUGGGCCCAGGAGAGACAGAGCCUGCAGCGCUGUACUUCGAAGGACAGAGAGCGUCUGGAGAAGCUGAAUGGAGAGAUGCAACGGAUGGAGGAGAAGCUUCAGGAGGAGAGGAUGGAGAGAGAGAAGGUGGAAGUGGAGCUGGGAAGAGAGAAGGACUGUAAUCGGGUGCAGCUGAGUGAGACACGCAGGGAGCUCCAGGAGCUGAAGGCUAGUCUGAGGGUUGUCCAGAAGGAGAAGGAACAGCUGCUGCUGGAGAAACAGGACCUGAUGGAGUACAUGCGUCAGGUGGAACAGAGGAUGGAGGCUGUGGCAGACGCCAAGUGGAGCGCUGCAAUGUUCGCCCCCACCAGUCUCCCUGAUAGUCCUGUGUCUGACUCUGAGGAUGAGAACCCUGAGGCCCUGCAGCCCCCCCGCCAGCCCUCCAGGCAGCCUCCGCUGUCCUCUUUGUCCUCCCGCCCUCUGGCCCACUACAGCCUGUGUGACCCCCAGGCCCAGCCUGACUCCCUGCUCCCCUCCACCCCCCCUUCCUCCCCCAGGGAUAUGUCACGGUCCCUCUCCCGAGGGGGCGUAGUGAUCAGCCAGCCCGCCCCCCUGUCGUUGCCAAGGCAAUCAGGAGAUACCCUGACACACAGCUCUGAGUCGGAGGAGGAGGGUGACACAGCCCUAUGUGGAGGACACAGCUCUGGAGAGGAGACAGCUCUGCUGCUGCCUGAGACCACAGUCCUCAGUGACCUGGCUGAUACCUCUCAGUGGUAGAGUGGAGAUACAGGACCAGAUCUACACCAGCACUGGCUGUUUGGCCCUUAUUUUAACUCGGCAUUCAGCACACAAGCACACACACUACAACUCACCUCUACUCUUGACAAACUAUGUUAAUAUGCAAUUUGCUUUUACAUUUUAUAUGAACUUCUUUUUUGAUGUAUGACUUUAAGGCUGUUGUGUCACCCCCUAUACAUAACAUGGUCUUAAGAAUGACAUAAUACCUGUCGUAACAGCUCAAACUGUUAUAAAGCGUGAAACAUUUGACAUUGAAAAGUGUUCAUUAGAUAUUUAAUAGUUCAUGUUCUAUAACAGGGUUAUUUCAGUUGCAGUCGUGAGCUUUAUGAAGUGUGUUAUGUAAUGUUAUGAGGCGUCAUGACAGUCACUGUUGUGAGCGAGAGUAUGUCUCCUUUUAAAAUCUAAAAGUUGCUUUUAACUUUUCAGUCUGUGAAGCAACUUUUACAUCUAUUCAGAAUACUGUAAUAAUAGUUAUUGAAACACACUACAACUAUAUUAGAAUAAUCAUUGUAAAGUACUGACACAUAACAUGUUUUUCCUCAUAUUCAAACCUAUGAUUUUAUAUUUCUGCUGUUAUUCAUUAUUAUUUCAUUCUUGCUUUAUUAAUGCUGUUCUAGUGCUAGAUGAGAGGAUAAUUACACAGAGAAGUAUCUGUAAUGGGGAAAAACUUGGUGGAAGUUUGGAAAUAGAGUGGGAGAUUAAUCAGGAUGAAUGUAGAAUGGUAGAACACUCUAGAAUGGUAAUUGUUAGAGUGGUCGGACUGACAUUUGAAUGUUCUCUCAUGUUUUUAUUAAUCUCAUAAUAUAUUCUAUCUUCAUCUACAUAAAGCUAUUGCUCCUGCAGGCUGGUAGAUGUAGAGACCCUGCAAUAAGAUCAUACAUGAUACCAAGCAGUGUAUGGUUUUAAAGCUAAAUCAAUGUAUUUGUUAAAGAAGAAGUCGUUCUAGAUUAUUAGUAUUAUUAGACUAGAUUUACUGUACAUUGUAUGCUCAAAGCUCUGCUUUAGAUUGAUGCAGUUCUACACUUGUGCCUAAAUAACAAAUUGGGAAAUGAAUAGUCUCUCUUCAGCCAAGCGUCAUCAGUCUGGCAAACAAGACUAGUAAACUAAGGAAUCUUAUCAUGAUAACAUUAUCUAAUUUAUAGAUACUGACAUUACAAGACUUGAUGGAAGGCUUGCCUGGAAAAUAUUAUUAGUACUGGUUUAAUAAUACUAUAUUUUUCAUGAUUUUCAACAAAUACUCAACUUUAGUUAUAUCGUAAUGAAGCUAUAUUCUGGUUUAAUGUCACGACUUCCGCCGAGGCUGCCUCCCCUCCUUGUUCGGGCAGGUUUCGGCAUUCGUCGUCACCGGCUUACUA